AUGAAUUUCCGAGGGUUGGUCAUCAUCAUCGCAGCUACACUCGCUGCAGUUACUGCUCGCAGGGUUGACCACGACAAACUUGGACCGAUUCCCCAGCCUGACCCAGUCACCAUUUCUGAAAAGGCAGCAAUCAAGUUUAAACCCCAACUAAACAUCGCGGACGGAUGCGUUUCGUUCCCAGCUGUGAACGAUGGCGGCGAUUUCAGCGGCGGAUUGAAGGGGAGUAAUGGCAACUCCGCAUGCGAUGACGCUCCAAUGGGCUCACAGGUGUACGGACGAGCGGCCUGGUACAACGAUAAGUGGGCCAUCAUGUAUGCCUGGUUCUUCCCCAAGGGAUUCUUUAUGGGUGUGGCAUCAAGACGCUACGACUGGUCGAGCGCUGUCGUGUGGAUCGACAACCCCGACUUCGCAACGCCAGCAGUUCUCGGUCUUUCAACGUCCACGUCUGACGAUGAGUAUCAAAGGAAGUCCCCAGCUCCGGACUUUGGCAUUCUCAAUGGUGUCACCCCACUGCUGUAUCGCUCGAUCAGCGAAGUGGCAGGCCAGCCCAUGCUGGACUACAGCAGUCGAACCGGUGACUUCCAGCCGCUCAUCAUGUGGGAGCAACUCACCGAUGCCGCACGCGAGACUCUCAACACUUUCGACUUCGGCAAUGCCCAGGUUCCAUUCAACGACGCCAACUUCGAGGAGAAGCUCAAGAAGGCCUAUCCAUUCUAA